UGUAACAGUGAAAACAGUGGUUGAAAAUGCCUGUCCACAUGCAGAUGAUGAUUUGAAAUUCAACUUGGAAAUAAUUUUUUUCCAGCCAAAAAAUAUGACCAAUUUAAGUCCCUAUAAACGUGUUCAACAAUGGAUGGUAUUCGCCAGGCAAUGGUGGCUAUUCGAUGCUAAACAACAAGAUGUAUUCGAUUCGGCACAAAUGAUAGCCCGAUAUUUGCAUGGCCGUCAUAAACCAAUCUAUGAUACUGAACAAGAUUGUGGUGAUCAUGUGGUUGUUAUGAAUGCUGCCCAUGUUUCAAUGCCAUUCGAUGAAUGGCGUUAUCGUUAUUAUUUUCAUCAUUCACAUUAUGCACGGGGCAAAAAAUGGACACAAGCAUAUGAAUUACACGCAAAAGAUGCAAAUCUAGUUAUUUAUAAAGCAAUCUAUAAAGCAUGUGGCAAUAUUGGUUUAAAACGACAGGAUCUCAUUGCACGAUUGCAUAUUUAUCCGGAUGACAAUGUGCCUGAUCAUAUAAUGGCUAAUAUAUCCGAUCAUAUUCGACAAUUACGUCCAGUACAUAAAUCUAUUGGCGAAUAUUCACCUGAAGAAAUUCAAAAUUACCCAAAAUUAUUUGAUUACUCAGAUGAUUAUACAAAAAAAUGAUUCAUUUAUUACAUUAUU